CUGGAUGGUUUCUUGCCUGCACUGCUGAAACAACAGCAUCUGAACUGCACUGGGAACUGUGGAGACACCCAGCUCAGCAGACAGAGCCGCGGAGGGAGAGAGUCAGCCAAACAACUCAGCCGCCUUAGCCAGCCUGCCUUCUCUCUUGCUGCAGGCUGGCCCUCUCACAACCUUGCUGGGAAUAUGGGAGCCUAUUUGCCCUUGCUGGCAGAAUAUAUUGGAGAAAAAAGGAGGUUCCUUUAAACGUGUGGAACCCUUCUCCUCACUCUCUACCAAACUGAUGCAAAGGAUUAGACUAUAAUUCCAUUGGAUUACUUCUUUUUAAACUAAAUAUAAGAAAAUGGCUCUGAGUGGAAAUUGCAGGAGUUACUACCUUUCAAAAGAACAAGGGACAGUUCCCAACUCCUUCCCUGAGGUUGUGGAACUGAAUGUUGGGGGCCAAGUUUAUUUCACUCGCCAUUCCACCUUAGUAAGUAUCCCUCACUCUCUUUUGUGGAAAAUGUUUUCCCCCAAGAGAGACACUGCUAAUGACCUAGCCAAGGACUCCAAAGGAAGAUUCUUCAUUGACAGAGAUGGAUUCUUGUUCCGCUACAUUCUGGACUAUCUCAGGGACAGGCAGGUGGUCCUGCCUGAUCACUUUCCAGAAAGGGGCAGACUGAAAAGGGAAGCUGAGUAUUUCCAGCUGCCAGAUUUGGUCAAACUCUUGACACCUGAUGAGAUCAAGCAGAGCCCUGAUGAAUACUGCCAUAGUGAUUUUGAGGAUAUGUCCCAGGGGAGUGACACAAGAAUAUGUCCACCUUCAUCCCUACUCCCUGCUGACCGUAAGUGGGGUUUCAUAACUGUUGGGUAUCGAGGGUCAUGCACCAUGGGCCGAGAGGGUCAAGCAGAUGCCAAGUUUCGGAGAGUUCCACGGAUUUUGGUUUGUGGAAGAAUUUCCCUAGCAAAAGAGGUCUUUGGAGAAACUUUAAAUGAGAGCAGAGAUCCAGAUCGUGCUCCAGAGAGAUACACUUCCAGAUUUUAUCUCAAAUUCAAACAUCUGGAAAGGGCUUUUGAUAUGUUGUCAGAGUGUGGAUUCCACAUGGUGGCCUGUAAUUCCUCAGUGACAGCUUCUUUUGUCAAUCAGUACACAGAUGACAAGAUCUGGUCCAGCUACACUGAAUAUGUCUUCUACCGUGAACCUUCUCGGUGGUCUUCCUCGCACUGUGAUUGCUGUUGCAAAAAUGGCAAGGGUGACAAGGAAGGGGAGAGUGGCACCUCGUGCAAUGAACUCUCCACCUCUAGCUGUGACAGCCAGUCAGAAGCCAGCUCCCCACAGGAGACUGUCAUCUGUGGGCCGGUGACUCGCCAGUCCAACAUCCAGACUCUGGACAGGCCCAUCAAGAAGGGCCCAGUGCAGCUGAUCCAGCAGUCGGAGAUGCGUCGGAAAAGCGACUUGCUUCGGACUCUGACCACUGGCUCCAGGGAGUCUAACUCAGGCAAAAAAAAAGCCGUGAAGGAAAAGCUCUCCAUUGAGGAAGAGCUAGAAAAAUGCAUCCAGGAUUUUCUGAAGAUCAAAAUUCCAGAUAGGUUCCCAGAAAGGAAACACCCUUGGCAAUCUGAACUAUUAAGAAAGUACCAUCUAUAGGAGAAGGCCAGGGGUGGGGGAAAACACACUUUAUCAUUUCCAAAUAGACAUCAUGCACAAGAAUAUUCAUAUUUUAAAAGGAAAAAUAUUAAGAAUGUGUUAGGCCACAACAGUUCAUUGAUCUUGUACUGCCUAAUUUGCCUAGUUCACCUUCUCAUGUAAAGUCACAGGGUAAUUGAUUUUUUUUUCCAGAUGUGGAAGCACAAUGAAAAUGUUAUUUGUUUAUGAUCUCUAGCACACACACUGAAAAUGUUACACAUGAGAUAUAGUUACAACAGCAGCUGAGAUAACCUAGUGUUCAUCUAUCUAUUCCAAGCCAAGUGUUCCUUGUUUUUCCCCCAGUGGAAAAGGCCACUGAAUGGGAAGAUGAAGGACAAGGGUUUUGCCUGAUGAUGUAUUUGCAUUUUUAAAUUUUGCUUUUAACUUUGUUUAUGAGAAAAAGGAAGGGACUUUUUGGACUUUUUACCUAAACCUGUAGUAUCCGGUUUGUAUUGGCUAUGUUGUUUGUACAUGAUUAUUUGUGUGCAUAUGUGUGUGCAUAGGUACACACAUAUAGUCAUGCUUCAUAGAAUUCAAGAUUAGGGAAUAUCUGUGAUAUCACUUAAUCUAAGCCCCUGCCUCCGGACAGGACCCUUCACUCUAUAACAAUAAAUAUAUCUAAUUUGUAAAUGCUUUUCAAAGAAGGAUAAUUCAUAUCCUUUCCUGGGAUACCAUUUCAAUGGUGAAUAAACCUCAUCACUGGUUAAUUCUUUUUAUUUACAAACUAAUUCCCACCUCUACCCAGGCUGACAUUGUUUUCUAUGUUGAGGAGUGGGGGGUGGAGAAGGAGAACUGGUGGCCAUUAUUUGUGUAAGAGUCUUUCCUACACUUGAAGACCAUUAUUAAAUCACCCCUUAACCUCUUUAAUAGAAGAAUAUAGACCUAAUCCUCCCAAACUUCAGACAUCUUUGUGGCCUUUAUACUGAACUUGCUUCCAGCUCUCCUAAUCUCUCUUUAAUGGUAGAACCAAGAACAGAGUAUGGCACUACCCUCAGGUCUUCACCACUGUUGAUUAUAAUAGAGAAGUUGAAGUUGUGUUCCUAUAUGAUUUAUUUUUCCUGAAUCCUAGUAAUACAAUGACGUUUUUUGUUCUUUUUUCCCUCUACUACAAUGCUACAUUGCUGACUAUUAAAAUCACUUUGGUGUCUUUUUGGUUACCCUUGAAAUGCAAAACUUUGGCUAUGCCUACACUGUACAAAGGAAAGCCUUAGGAAGUGCCCUGUUGAUGUUAUCUAUGUAAAGAGCCAAACUCUAUAACUGAGAUCUGUGAAUGCAUAUUUUGGUUCAUUGGGCUACCUAUCUGUAUGCCAUUAACUGGAUUGCUGUCAGAGAUUAAGAUCACUGUGUUCUGCUUAGACACAGUCAAGCUAUCCUUGUAAUCUUUUUUGCUAUGUAUGCUCUAUUACCUCUGACAAACUUAGGGUUGUGGUGUUGAAGACAUUUUGCUCUUUAUUUUAUGUACGAUACAUGCAUUUCAGUGGGAGUGGGAAAGGAUAUUUCACUGUCAAUCAUUAACUUGGACCAAAUGAAGAACUUUUAAAAAAAUGGAAAAAAAAUAUAUAUAUAUAUGUGUGUGUGUCAAAGAAGGAAUUUGGUUGUCAGAUUGACCAAAUACAAUGAUUAAUGUAUUGUUUCUGUUUACAUAUCCAUCCCCAAUUUUUAAAGUUUUAUUUUUAAAGAGGUUCUGCUGCAAUUUAGUCACUAGUAAAUGAAUGUCUUAAGUCCCAAAGACUUGCAUUUCACAACAAAGUCAUAUCCAGUCAAAAAUUGCAUGUGUUGGCCUCUCUGAUUAAUGGUUGAAGGUUUUAUUUAAAGGCCUUGAGAACUGAGAUGUCAACAGAAUCAUUCAUAAAUUUGCUACAUGUUCUUUUAUACUAUCUACAGUAGUGGGUGGUCAGUAAUUAGCUAUAACCUAUCUUUAUUCAGUCUUUUCAAUCAUUCUAUUCAGAAUGACUUCUUUUUUCAAUGUCAGUGAACAUCAGAUUAAGACAUAAUCAUCUAAAUAACUGAGGAUUCAGGGAAGAAUCAGAUUUUAAUGAAUCAAGGAGAACUCAAAUGGGAAAGACCAUCCUAAGGCCCACUGUGAUCAAAUUAUUCUUAAGGCCUCCCCAACAAUGCUGUCAAAUAAUUCUACACCAAAAAUGUGCAUUGAUUCCUGCUCCCUUUCCAAUCAUAUCCAAUUAAAUUGUCAAACACACUUUAUCAAAGGUGCACUUUGAAGCCUCACACAAUUGGCAUGGAAUGGAAAGUUGGAAGGGCUGGCAACCCCUAAUUUCUGCUGCAUACUUUUAAACAGAAAAUUAAAUGUUUUCAUGUAACUUUAUAUAAAAUCACACAGUUUCUUUUCAUCCUAUUUAUCUAAUCAGUUGGCAAUAGCAUGUGUCUACUCACAUCAUCCAGUGAUCAGAAGGAAACCACCUGUUAGGAAAAAACACCACACAUAUACAUACACAGAAUAUAACCUUUAUUUCAAUUCAAUAAACAUUUAUUAAGGCCCUACUAUGGGCAAGGUACUUGUUUAGGUGAUUUUGUUUUGUUUUGUUUUGUUUUGUUUUAUUUUGUUUUCCCCAUCUGUAGACCGUGCCCAUACUACAAUGUGAAUUGUCCAAGGGAGCAAGGCUGUGUUUGCUUUUCAGUUGUGUAAGUACUGGUUUACAGUUGAUCAUACUUCUGGGUAGGAUUGUUCUUUUGAUGUGGUAAACAAAUUGAGCAAUUAAGCAACCUAGAGUAGGGCCAUAUUGUUAGCUACUUAUGGAGAGAGUUGAAGAUGAUUAGGAAAAUGUUCAUGAGAUAUGUUUUUGCAAGGCUCUGUCUAUGAUCAUUGUAUUAUAUAUACAUAUAUCCACUUAACUAGUUUUGAUAUUUUUUAAAAAGUAUGUUAUGUCCAUUUAUGGAGAGAGUUUUAUGUCAAUAUAGUCCCUUUGAUCCAUUUCAUUUCUUGAGACCUAAGGUCCUGACAAAGACUAUACACUGAGUCAAUGAGUAAACCUUUACUGGUGUCAUUCUGGAUAAAUUGAUUGUGAUGAAAAGAGUGGCAAUAUGGCCAAAACACUUAGUCAGUCAUUGAAUCAAAGGAUUUAGAGGUGAAAGAGGCCUCAAAAAUUAAGUAUACCAACCAUAUAAUUUUACAGAAAGUAAAACUGAGACCAGACUGGCUAUAAUUGACUUAUGCAAAGUCACACAAGUAAUAACUAGUAGUCUUGAAUGUUGAAACAAGGUCCUCUGAAUUUAAAUCCAAUGCCCUUUGUGAUAUAACAUCAACCCUUUCAUAAUAUCCCCAAUACACUGAAAUUCCAGGGGUGGGGAAAGGACUAUUUCCCAGAGGAACCUGGAUCUAAAUGAGGUAUUUAUCUCCAAAGAUAGGUGAGAGAGAAAGAGAGAGAGGUGGGGGAGGGAGGGGUUAAAAUAUCCUAAUCUAUUACUAAUGUCUGUCUCCAGCAAAAUGAAAGAUUGAAAAAGUUUGUUGUGGAUUAGUGGGGUGUUUGCACUAUCACAUUUGUACGUCCCAAUAUUGCGUUUCUUUGGGUGGCCCUGAUGCAAACAGCAGGAAGAAUCUUCCAAAAACAUGAGACCAUUUUAUCCUUUUUAAAGCCAAAUGUAGACACAGUGUCUUGCCUAAACUGGAGUAAGAGUUAAAUCAAUUGAAAACAUUCAUAUACUCCUUAUUCCUUUUGAAACAUAUUUUCUAAGUGAUGUUUAUACAACAUUAAUCCAACUUGCCAAUUCAGUGGUAGAAAACACAAACAAAAAUAAAUCAAAGCAUUUUGACAUUUGUCAACAAAAUGAUCAACAGCUGAUUUAUUAACUUUCACUUUUCAAUUGAUUAUGUUUUUUUUAAGAUGGAUGUUAGUUGAGUGUUCCCCUUGCUGAUUGUUCUCAUAUAUUUCUGUUCUUUCAGAAUCACUUUUGCUUUCCUGAUUUUAGAGUUAAUGUCUGAGUUUCAUCCAUCUGUGUCAAAACAUCUGGCUCUGUAAGAUUAUAAAUGGGCAUACAGGAUGAUUUAUAAAAUCACUAUUUACCAUUUCCCCAUCUCAGUAGUAAAAUCUCAUUUUAAUAUCUGGAACUCAUAAUCUGUGAUUCACUGAAAUGAUUCCAGUCUCCCAGCCAGUAUCUGGCAUAGCUUUAUAACAUGGGAAAAUCUAGAAUAUUGUCAUCCUCUGUCAUUGGGUUCCGUAGAUCUAGCUAAUAUCAACUUUCAUGGUCUGUCAUUGCUAGGAAGCCAAAGGCUCUUUCCACUUUCUGUGAAAUAUUAGAAAGAAUCCUUGGACAUUUCAACUUUAAACAACAAAUCAUAGAGGAAAAAUGAGGGGAGAGUUGUUGUUGUCAGUUUUCCUCGUGGUAACUCUAUGGUAGAUAGAUGUUUUUGCCAAUUUGCAUGCUGGAUUAUAGAUUUAACAGGGGACAUUUUUCUCCUUGAAUAUCUGAGUAUUCUUGGCAUCUUGAAAUCUUGCUAACCCAGAGUUCCAAUUUAUUUAUUUUCUUUUAUAUUAUCAACAUGACACAGUUGAGAAAGAGAAUCAGACAGAGUGUUCUUUCUACCCAGUUGGAAUGGAGUUAGAUGUCAUUUACAUAGGACUAUACAAUGAUUAAUAUCUACAGAAAAAUUAGACCAAAUGAAAUCUGCUAGAAUGGGUUUGAUUUAUAUUGCCUUCAUCAUCCUAGUUUUAGAUGAAAUGGUUAUUGCUCUCCACCCCUGCUGAAAGAAAAGAGUCUUAAACUUUAAUAAUCAUAGCCUUGUGAUGCGACAAGAGAGCUCAUUUGUUUGAAAUAUCUGUUUUCUCAUCUUGCCUUGCCAAUUGAAAUGGGGACUUUUUUUCACUGUGGCCUUCCUAGAAAGCUAUGUACAGAGAACAGAGAGUUCAGUACAUGUGUCUUUGGAUCCUUCUAAGUGAUUCAAGGAAUCAACUUGGAGUCAAAAUAUUCUUUAAUUCUAAAUAAAAUGAGCUUCAGAAGAGUAUCUCAAAUAUGCAUAUAUGGUGGGUAGACUUUUCUAGUCUAUUUGUCUUGUCAUUGCAAUUUACUUGUUCUUUAAAGUGAAUGCUCUUUCAGACUCCCUUUUUCAAUAUAAAGGUAGGGGGAAUGUUAGUUUAAAACUUCUAUACUAGGUCAUCAGAAACCUUUCAUCUCUGGGUGGAUGGGUGAACAUCUCUAACUGAGAUGGAGCCUAAUGAUACCCAAUUAGAGAUAAAGUUAUGAUUUUUCCCAAUGACAAUGGUAUAUUUAUUUUUGCUUCCCCAGGCCUUUGCUCAGCCUGGUUCAAAGGAAUGUGAAUGUCCAUUUGACAUUUAAUUAUUGUGUUGUGGGGAAUCAAGGUGAUUCCAUCAAAAAAAAGUAGAACAAAAUGAAAAACAACCAAACUGACAAUGGAAUGGUCUAUGAUUCAGAAGGCACCAAGCCGUGUUAAAUCAAUAACCUUCUGGGCCAAUGAACUUCUGAUGGGCAGCCAGUUAGACCCAAGCAGAAGGACAAGGCUAUGAGAUGACUGAAAACCUCAAACAAUAAAAUAAAUGCAAGGCUUCAGAAAAAGACCAGUGGAAAAGCCAAAGAAUAAAUGGAUAAACUAAGGAAUAAGGAAUAUGUUUAAUAUGUUAGUUGACAAAGACUGUAUUGAAACACACAAAGUGAAAAGGAGAUUGUCAAUUAUCCAGAUAUUUACCUGAAUGAAGAUGGUCAAGGUAAGAGCUUCCUAUUAUCAUCAAGAAAUCUUUACUUAAGUCAAAUCUAUGUCACAGAAUAAAGUGGAACAUUGGCAAUUGAAUUCCCUAGGUAGGCUACAUUCAUGGCCUCAAUUCUCUGUCCCUUUACCAAAUCUCAGCUUCUGGGCUAUGUUAUCCUAGCUAUUGGCAACUCCUAAAGGUCUGGUUGAGAUUUGAUUUGUUUAUUGGUUAAAGGAUUUCCAGAUCCCAAGCUAUCUGCCUCAUUUAAUUUAGUAAUUCACUCUCAUAAAAAUGAGAAGGGGAAAAAAAUAUGACCUGAACUAGUGACUAUCAGGAUCAUCCCAGAGGGGUGAUUUUCCUGUUAAUCAAUCUGACAUAAACACUCCUAAUGCCAGCCAGAGGAUUUAGUAACUCUCCAGUCCUCAGCUACCUCCUCUGUCUUGUCAGUUUAAUCUUAGAGCUGACCUUUUGCUAAUUUACAUGCUUAUAUGCCUUAUAAAUCAACAGAUUUCCAGGUUCUUUCCUUGUUAGUAGCAGCCCUAUCAUAAAUGAAGUAGGAGUAAAUAGAAAGAAAAGUAAUUGAAAGCAGUUGUUUCCAGACCUCAGAUGAGUGAGUUGGUGUACACCUGGAACUAGAUCCAUCUUGUGUACUCUUGAAAGGCAUCUAUUGUAGAUAUGAGCUAAUGUUCACAGUGGGAAAAGCACAAAUGAAAGAAAUAGCAUUCUAUUACGAAAGACAAUCACUAGGUAGCUAACUAAGAAAGGUCCUAUGUCUUAGUUAUGGAUAUAAGCACAUCGAAGUGUUGACUGACCUGGGUCCCUGGUGUAAAAUGCAGAAUGUGUGAAAUUCUAAUAUAUGUGUGGAAUUAUUCAAACACAUUGUCAAUCUACUUGUGGGCCUAAUGGUGAAUCAAGUUAACAUUAUGUGCUUAUUUUUUUAAUUAUAGAAGUUUUUAAAAGUCCCUAUUUAUUCAUUUACUAAUUGCUUUUCACUGAUUCCAAAAGCAGUAGAAGUUUGGUUGGUUAAUCAUAACAAGUUGACCUCUGACCAAUGCCCAUUCUCACAGACUUUAAAAAAAUUACUUUUUCACUAACUGUAGUAGCAUAUACCUGUAACCCCUGGUUACUGGGAAGUCAGGGGCUCAUGGAUUAUUUGAGCUCAGGCUUUCUGAGCUUCAGUGGGCUAAAGUUAAGUGAGUAUCUGCAUUAAGUCUGAGACUAAUAUCUUGAGCCCCUGAGACUAAACACCAGACUUCCUAAAGAGGGACAGGCCAAUUCAGAUUACACAUAGAGCAGGUCAAAGUUCACAUGCCAAUCAGUAGUGAGAUUGGGCCCAUGAGUGACCACUGUACUUCCAGUCUGGACAAUAUAGGGUGACUCUCAAAAUAAGUAAAUAAAUUCCUUUUCUAUUGUUUGUUCAUGUAUGUAGGUGUGUCUAUGUGUCUGUGUACAGUUGUGAAUUGCCACUAACUAUCCAAGGCAGAGUUUCUGUACCCCUCAUAGGAAAAACUCUGGGUGAAGAUGUAGAAGUAUUAUGCGUGGUAAGGGGUAAAAGAAUUGUAUUUCAUUCAAGCUGUCAACAUUCUAACAGGAACACAGAAGUGAAAUAUUUUUUGACAAGAAAUACUUAGGAAGCCCUUUCAUUUCACAUGACCCUUUCAAAAAUAUUGCUCAGGCUAAACAAGAUUCAGCAUCAAGGUGCUUUCAAAAGCUCAAUAGAAUAAGGAAGAAAUGCAUAAAACAAAGGGCAGAGAAUUGAGAUUUCACAGCUGGCUUUCAAAUGGAGUUUCUUCAGGUUGAACUUCACUAUUACAAAGAUGCCACUGUUUUUUGUUUUUUGUUUUUUAAACAAUUAUUCUCUUCAGUCAACAAUGCUUUUGUUUCAAAAUGAGGACAUUUCAAGGUUACAACAAGCCUGGGCUGUUGAACCUCAACCUCUGUACAACUUUUGUUGAUAAUAAUUCACAUUUACUUAUCACUUUUAUUAAAAAAAAACACAAACUUUUACAUAACUUUAUUUAUCAAUAUCCUUGUGACAUUAUUAAAUGCUGAACAUAGCCCAAUUUUCAGUUGGGAAACUGAAUGCCUAGAAAGAUUUUGUAAUUUCUUUGAAGUUUCACGCAGAAGAAAAAAUGGAGCAAGGCCUAAAACUAUAAUUGUUUGCCUCUCAAUCCAUUCUUUCUUUUCUAUGCUACACUGAGUCAUAUGAAGGCCAGAAUAACUCCCAAGAGCUUUACUUAUUGACUUUGAACCCUACCUCUAUUUAUUUGUUUUACAAGUUAUCUAAUCUGUUCAAAACUUGGUUACUUAGAUCCAAGCUCAAGAUUCUUUACUGUAUUAAUGGACUUUUAAGCUAAAUAUCUUCCUUCUUAUAUCUCCCUAUCAAAUGAAAAAGCGGGGUGCAGCUGAAAGAACAAAUUGACUGGCUUCACUUCUUCCUCUUUUCUUCCCUCCCUUGAUUCUUUUCUUCCUUCCUUCAAAACAAGUCAUAAAUACUCAUUACUGUCUUCACUUUGUAUUUCAACAUUGUUUUUCUGCUGUAAAAUACAGGUAUAGCCUCAAAAGAAAUACAAUUUUUAAAAUAUAGGCAUAUCCUACAUAAACACUGCCUUGAAAGAUGUCUACUCACAAUAAUACCUAAUAACUAAAACUCAUGAUAACCUUGUAAAAUCCUGCUGUAACAUUAUUCAGCAAGCAUUUGAGUCCCAUUAGCAUCAGUCUAUUGUUGCCUCAACACUGCUUAUUAUGUAUGCUUAAACAGUGUUCUUAGGGAAUUAAAUGUCCCCUUCCCCCACCACAUUGCUUCACCAAACUUUAUGUAUUUUGAGGAACCAAGUAAUGAUUUCAGUGAUUCCUAUAUAUAUGUUUCUUUUAAAAAUAGUAUUGAAUCUGCAUUGUGAUGUUCACAAGUCAACCCAAUAAGAUUAUUAACAUCUUCUAUAUGCAAGGCACUGUUUUGGGUGUUGUGAAUACCAAGAAAGAAAAGAAAAUGACUUUGCCUUUAUGGCGCUUAUGUUGGGGUUGGUGCAGGGUAGGGUACAUGUGAACAGAUAAAUAGAUUAUGAUAAUUUGAGGAGAGAAAAAGCAGUAACCAUCAAGAUGAUUAGGGAAAAAAAUCUCCUUUUAAAAGACAGCACACAAAGCAAACACGUGGUUUGAAGCUGAUUGGAAUCUUGAGUUUGGGGGUCACAUGUUUUCCCCCACCAAUGCAUACCUUUGGUCUUAUAAUAUUUAUGAGUAUAAACCUAAAAGGAAAUGUGAUUAAAGAAGAACCCAAAAUGUUAUAACACCUAAGGCAAAGAGCUACUUGAGUCUACUUUAUAGUACUAUAAGGAUGGUGGUGACUAAAGACCCAAGUUAAUUGGGACAAUAUUUAAUUGUGAAAGUGAACUCAGAACUUUGUUCAAAGAUAUGCAUUGGUUACUGUAUUAUGCCUGAUGCUACCCCAACCAGUCAUUGGGUGAAUUAAGUCUUUUCAUUGUCAAUUUAUCUUUAUUUCCCAUGGCUGUCUUAAUACCUUGGGUGAUUUAUGUGGACAUAGAAACUCAUGUACUGAGCAUCUUUAUGAUUAUAGCAGACUGAAAACCUAGGGUAGUAGAUAGAAGAUCUGCAUUAGAGUUGGGAAGACCUUAGUUCAAGUUCUAAGUCUAAUACAUACUAGUCAUGAAACCCUACUAAGUCAUUAACCCCUUAGUAACCCAGGCAACUGUCUAAUAUUGAAAAUAAUAGAUAAGUUCUAAAAGGAAUUUUCACACUGGGAAAGCCUUACUCUAAUGAUUAAAUCACAGAUCCAUAUUUCCUAUUCCUCUCCUCUAUUCAAGAAUAAUUAUUUUAAAGAAACUAAUAUAUUUUAAAGAAACUAAUAACUGUAAAUAAAUAUAUACUAUAUGUGUAUAUAUGUAUGUGCAUAUAUACAUAUACAUAUAGAAGCACAAGGGCACCUUAUAAUAACAACUCAGAAACACUUUAUUUGACCCCUAAGACUAUCCCUAUCUACAAAAUACCAAAAGAGCUGGCUAAAGCAGCUAGGAAUUCAGUUAAUUUCCAAAAAUAUCUGGCUGUUUUGACAAAACAACCAGUUUAUUUUUACUUUUCAACCAGUUAUCUUGGCUUGAUUGUGAUACAUAUGGUUUCACCAGUGCACUUUGCUUGACAUACCAUUGGAGUGUGAGAAGCUCAAUUUCUAAGGAAACCCUAUGCAAAUGAAGUGUCCUCUUUCAAGUAUUCCUUGAGGUGAAUUUAAAUACAAGCCCACACAGAGAACCUCAGACAAGCACAAAGUUCAGCUGACUGCCUUUGCAUGGGCUUGUACAUUCUGUGUUAUUGUCAGGUUGCACCAUGAACCAGAAAAAAUAAUAAUAAUCUUGCAAAUGGGUAUAUCCAUUUUCAAGCCCUCUUCCCCUCCCCCAACACCUCUGGAAAAAACAUAAUUUGAUCUUAGAAGUAUAGGAUAACUGACUUUUGUAACCAUAAAAUGCUGUGAUCAAAGUGAAUAACAUUUUGGGGGGAAAAGUUUUCAAUAUUUCAAAAAGUUGGCACAGAAUAUAAACUUUUCAAUUCCCCUUAAUUGUCCCAUUACCCAUUUUCUUUAUACAUCUUUUCCCCCACAAUGGGAAAAAAUAGAUGCAGGUAGGUUCUUCUUACAGGAAAAUUUAGCCAAGGAAAAUUAAAAAUAAAUAAAUAAACAAGAUAGAAAAAAGAGUGUUGUUAUCCUGUCCCCAGAAAAUCAUCCUUCAUCACUUCACGGGAAUGGCUGUAUUUUUUGAUGCAAUUUAGUUUAAGUCCUUAUAGAAUCAGGGCAGAUGAAUGGCAAGAGCCUUCAUCACAUUAUUUAUUAACUAAAAGGAUAAAUUUACCAUGUCUCCUAAAAAAUAACGUGAAGGUGACUCAUUUCCAAAGAGCCCAUUUUAAGGCCUGUGCCUUUAAGUGGAGCCUAUUUUAAAUAAGUCACCUGGCAUUACUCUGAUGCUGUUGAUUGGCCUCCAUCUUGUUUUUUUUAUAAUAAUUUGUUUUUCAAAGGCCACAAAUCUCAAUACUUGAUGACAUAAUUCAAAAGUCAGAAAAAAACCCAAAUGAGUUCUAGAAAGUUUGAGUUUUUAUUCUUGGCUAAAUGGCUGUCCCUCUACUAUACCAUAAUCAACAAAACAGUUGCAUUACUUUUUAUUUUUUAAUUUUACCAUAACAAAGAAGACCUAGGUUUUCUUUGAUGUUGUUAAAAAAAAAUAGCACUGUUACUUCCAAUUGACUCCCCCUUGCCUCUCAUCCCAAACAGAACCUUCUGUUGUAACAAAUACAAUUAAGCAAAAGAGAACAAUACAUUUUCUGUGUCUGACAACAUAUAUGCCUCAUUCAUCACCAUUAGUCCACCACCUCUAAGCUGAGAGGAGAGACAUUCUUUCACCAGUCAUUGUAGUUUGCUUAAUAAACUUGAACAUAUAUACUUAUAUAUGUGUAUAUAUAUAUACAUACUCUAUAUAUACACACAUGCAUACAUAUAUGCAACAUAGAUCAACUCACGUUCAAAUAUAAUACAUACAUAUAAUAAAUCCUAAUCUAUUUUUAAAGACAAAGACCAUAUUGAUUAAAUAAUCUGGAGAUGCCGCAAUGUAAUUUGCCCAAGAUUAAUGAACUUCUUGUCUAUCUGUCACUGAUUCUUGGACUGUUGUGGUAUUUUCAUCAUGGGCCCAAGAUUCUGAAUUUCAUUGAUAAUUUCACUGAGUGGUGAUCUCUAGGGAGGCCUUGCUCAUGUUACUUUCUCUGACCUCAUUCAAGCACUGAAUGGCUUAGCCAAGGCUGGGUCAAUUUGUUGCACAUUGAUGUAUACCAAGUGACACCCACUGAAUUACCUCUUCUCCCUUCCCAAUGUUACUCACUUGUACAUAAGUGUAAUGUCAAAUUGUUUACAGGUUCUCUUGUGUGUAAUUGUGGAUGCAUUUCUAAUGCAAACUGUCAAAGGAAUCAGUUUUCUUAGAAGGCAUUAAAAUUGAAUGUGCUUAUUACAGUAUAGACAUCACCAAUUAUGAACUCACUCAAAUGCAUGUCUUCAUGUUGUCAGUCCUCAGAAGUGGAGCGGUUAUUUGGCAAUUGUCUUCAGUCUGUGAAUAACAAAUAUACACAACUGCUGUGACUCUAAUUACUCAGUAACUGUUUUUACUGUGGUAUGUAACACUGUAGCUUUUAGCCUGCUGUAUUUCCUUCCUACCUAUUUGUUCCUGAGAGAAAAGUGAUUAAAAAAUAAUAAUAAUGCCCUUUAUCCCAAUGGAAUUGCACACAGGAUGGGUGAUCAUUGGUCCAACUAGAAAGCAGCCUGCCUUUUACUGAACCAAUGGGUCUAGGUGGUAUAUAAAUAUAUACAUAACUAUGUAUAUAAUAUCUACAAUUUCAGUUAUUACCAUUCCAUCCUACCCUCACUUCCAGUGGAAAAAAAAUCUACUAUUUUGUUUAGAAUCGCUGAUAGAUCGUGCAGAGACUCAUUUGCUAUUAUUAACAACUUCCAUAUCCUGUUUAGUUAUUAUAGUAUGGUAAAUGAUACAGAUAUGGUAUCAGUAUUGUGAAAUUGUGUGAUUGAAACUACAAAAUGCAUUUGUGGAUAUAUUCUAAAGGACAGACCAGAAACUGUCUCUUCUAAUUGAAAUAUAUUACAGAAUAUCUUGUGAAUAUAAUUACAGAAAUUGGUAACUAUUUUUGUGUCCUUCCAUAUACAAUUCCAUUUCAUAUACAUUGUAAUUUACCACUAAUCAUAAUAAAUCAUUUGGUAACAUUCAGUUGUCAUAUAUAUAAAUAUAUGUACAAACUUACAUUUCCAACAUACAUAUCAGGCUUAUGCUUCAACAUUAUAUAAUGCUACUCAAGAAUUUUAGAUCAAUGGUAAAUAUCAUUGAAAUUUAUUUAUUUCUGUUUUAGAAACUAGCUGGAUGGGCAUAAAGAAACGAAACUUACUCAAGAGAGUUGGUAUGAUAGGUAGGCAAGGGUUCGGGGGAAUCCUAAGGAUAUCUCACAUAGAAAAUGUUUUUAUAUAUACAUACAUGCUUACAUAUACACAUAUAUGAUCAAUUAUAUAAACAGUAUUAGUUUAUGAAAUUUUGUGGUUGAAACUAAUAUAAUGUGUGUAUAUAUGUAUAGAAGUAUAUGUGUAGGGCAGCUAGGUGACGCAGUGGAUAGAGCACCGGCCCUGGA